AUGGCGGCGCCAGAUCUGGGAACGACGGAGUGGGAAAGAUCCAAGAUUUCCAAUCAGGACAUCAACCUAAUGAAGAAACUGGGGUUGAUGAAGAAGAAAGAGGCAAUGCGCUUCCCCAGCGAAGAGAGCUACCCGACACCUCCUAUAGAAUAUUGGGUUAGCUUCGUUGACCAUCUUAUUCGCGGCCUUUCUACUCCUAUCCAUGAUUUCCUCCGCGCUUCCUCUGAAAAAGAAGCUGAAUCUGAGGCUUCCGAAUCCACGCAUUCCCUCCCCUCUGCUGUUUCUCCAAGGAACAAGCGGAAGAGAGAUGAUGCCGCAAAUUCAGGUACCUCAAAGACUAACAAGUCCACUCUCGAGGAAACUUUACCAGAAGAGGAGGACAAACCUCUCAAUCCUUACGAGGAUGCCCUCGUCAAAUCAUUUUCUGAGGCAAACAAGCGUGCUGGUGACCUGGCUCGGAAGCUUGAACAGAGUGAAAAAGAUCACGAAAAGGCUGAGUCAGAUGCUGCCGCUGUCGAGGGUCUUCAAAAGAGACUUCAGAACACGGAAAACGCUUUAAGUGAGAACAUAACUCAGCAGUUUGCUCGCGAACAGGAAAUUAUCACACGCUUGGAGUCACAGAGCCAACACUUUUUGAUUUUUGACAACUAUACCGUGGUGCCUCGUUCUUCGGAUGCAUUACCCGCUGCGUCCUUCUCGAAGAAGUCCUCCGCUGUCGAGUUUAUUGAAGGUUCUUCAAGUGCUGCACAAAAUGAAGAUUGGAACGAUCUUCGACAACAACUUCAAUCUAUGAAGAAACAAGCUCUCGUGAUAAUGGAACAGUCUCGAAAAUCUUCUGAAAGGGAAAAACUUGCUCUUCAACAAGCUCAGGAAGCCCUAGCGUUGAAGGAAACCGCGGUUACUGAGGCUGCCGAAGCUUCUUCACGAGAAAAUUACAUGCUUCAACUAAUGAGUGACUCUAGCUUGGAUAUGACAGCAGAAGAGAUGAUGGAUGAACUGCUUCGGAAGGACGCUGAGUUCUUCGUGAGAGGUAGCUACGCUGAACAUAGAACUGGUGCUGCAAACAAUGAACGAAUAAACAUAGAUGAUAUACUGGGUAGCGAUUGA